UGUAAGCGCCAAACCGAACGCAGCCUGAUUGCUGUUUUGUUUCUCUGCAGCAUCACAUUCCUACGAUUGUCGUUUGUUCUUUUCAAUCGUAUUCUCUGUAUCUUCUUCAUCAUUCCUUUCUCAUUUUAACACUUGAUUAGACGGGUAUUAUGAGUAUUAUCUGCAGCUAUUUUAUUUUGAAGAGGCUCACAAUCAGAUAGGUAUAGUGAACUUCGCUGGCAGCCCUCCUGGCGAAACGUGAAACGAGAGCAAGUCACGAGUUUCGAACGAUCGUCGCGUACAGUGAUUUAUGUUAAAUGGUUAUAUUUUUUAACUUGUGACAAUGCCGAAAUUACAUAGAAUUGCACAGGACCAAAAGGCGCCUGCUAUAAAAAGCACGGGCAUAUCCGUCAUGAAGAAACAAAGAAAAAAGAAGAUUGAUAAAGGGUCAUCAAAUGGUGUACGUAAAAGUGAUUCAAAAAAAUCAACUAUGUCUAAUGAAAUGGCAAAAAAUAUAACAACACAAAGCAAGCAAAAGAAUAAAAAGAUAAAGUAUGAUUGUAAACUUGAUGUAAAAGAUACAGAAAGAUUAGAUGUUUCAAUAAAAAUGGACAUGGACAGUAAAAUAAAACACAAUAAAAUGAAAGAUAAAUUUGGUGCCAAGAAUACUGCAGAGAGAUCAGAUUUCCCAACAAGAUAUCUAAAAGAUGAUAAAAAGACAUCUGAGGUAAUGCAAAAAAUUAACAUAAAUAGCGAAACUAAAAGCACGAAAAGAGGUAGAAAACGAAAGCAGGACAUGAAUCUUGAAUAUGCAAAUAAGGAUACUGCAAGAGUCGAUAAUGUAAAAGAAAAGAAGAAAUUACAAAUUUCUGCAAAAGAAUCAAUCAGUUUUGAGCAUAAAAAGGCAAAAAUUGAGAAACUUAAAAAAAUAACUGGGAAAAAAAUGAAACGGAUGUCAGCCGAAGCAGACGGGUGGUUGAGCAUAAACACUGAUGAGAUAUUAAAGCUGAACAAUCAUAUAAAAAGAAUCAAACAAUUAGAAGAAAUGCUUGCUAAAAGUACACUUGCAACAAAGCAGAUUUUGAAAGGUAGACUGAUUUCACAGUUAGAAAUGACUAGAUACAGAUUUCUUAAUGAGAUCUACAACAAUGACAGUAAGAUAUCCAAGCGUUACUUUAAACAGUAUCCUGAUGCUUGCAAAGCUUAUUAUGCGAUAUAUAAAUGGCAAUUUGGACAAUGGAUGUUAAAUCCACUGGACGUUAUAAUAUCAUCAAUUUUAGAAAUACCAAUGGACAAUAUAAUUGCUGAUUUCGGAUGUGGUGAAGCACGACUCGAUGCUUGCGUUCCUCACACAGUACAUUCGUUUGAUUUUAUUGCUCUGAAUGACAGAGUGCAACCUUGUAAUAUGGCUCACAUCCCGUUACAAAAAGAAAGCGUCCACGUUGUCGUAUUUUGUCUCUCUCUAAUAGGAUCUAAUAUUAAUGAUUAUAUCAUAGAAGCCAACAGAGUUCUCAAAAAAGAUGGAGUUUUAAAAAUAGCUGAAGUAAGAAGCAGAUUCGAGAAUGUAAAAAAUUUUAUAAAAGUGCUGCGCAAUUAUGGUUUUAAAAUUAUGUGGAAGGAUUUUUCUCAAAACAUGUUUUAUUUUAUGGAUUUCAAGAAAGAAAAAGCUAUAGAAAAAAGAAAGAAAAAAACUCUCCCUCCAAUUCCGUUGAAAUCUUUGUAAAGCGCUCUCUCUCAGUUCCAUCGAAAUCUUUGUGUAAGAAAAAGUAUGAUUUUAUUUUAUUGAGCAAUAUUUUAUUUUUUACACAAGAAACUUAAAAUAUGUUUUGCAAUAUUUGAUAUAUUGAGAUAAAUCCUUUAUGCUUUUUGUAAUAUUGGAAACUAAUUUACUAUAAGCAAUGAGAAAUAUGGACGAAAAAACGAAUAUUUUUAUUAGAAUAGAUAAUUAUAUGAUAUAUUUUUGCUGCAA